UCCACGUUAAUGAGUUUUUCGUGUUGAAGGGUCCUCGUCUGAAAUCUAUAUACAACCAUCUCUGCUGUACCGGAAAUGGAGAUGUCAAAGGCUGAAAAAUCAGACCGAAACCCGUGUCAAUGCUGUCGUCGGUGUAAUCGAUGGUUGUUUGGUGCUCGUAUGAUCGGAACAGUUCCAAGAAUCGUCAUCCAAUCUGAAUAACUAUAAAUAAAUAAUAACCGUUGCUAACACAAUAAUGGAAACUAAUGAUGUUUUAACUUUCCAUCAGUGUGUUAUAUGUGAUACUAUUUUCCAACAACUUGAGGAUUUAGAAAAACACAACAAAAUACAUGUUAAAGAAGAGAAAACUGAUGACGUAGACGGAUAUUCUCAUGUUAAAGAAGAGAAAACUGAUGAUAUUGAAACUGUUUAUCAGUGUAAUUUAUGUGAUGAAGAAUUUAAAUCUGGCACUGAUUUAGAAAAACACUGUGAGAUACACGUUAAAUAUGAGGAUUCUGGUUUGCAACAUGGUAAUCCUUCAAAACAGGAUAAAAGAUCUACCAAAAUUCAUGGGGGCAAAACAACUUUUGAAUGUGAUGUUUGUGAUAAAUCAUUCACUUUAAACGGUUAUCUAAGGAAACACAGGAGAAUUCAUACUGGUGAAAAACGAUAUAAAUGUGAUGUUUGUGGUAAAUCAUUCACUCAGAAUCGUAAUCUCCAAAGCCACAAGAGAAGUCAUACGGGAGAAAAGCUUUGUAAAUGUCAUGUUUGUGGUAAAUCAAUUGUUGACUCCUGUUCACUUCGAAGGCAUAUGUUAGUUCACACGGGAGUUAAAAGCUAUAAAUGCGACGUUUGUAGCAAAUCAUUUGCUUUGCAUUGUACGCUUCAUAGACACAAGAGAAUUCAUACUGGUGACAAGCCUUAUAAGUGUGAUGUUUGUGGUAAAACAUUCACUGAAUGUGGGUCUCUACAGAGACAUAAAAAGACCCAUACAGGCGAAAAACUUCAUAAAUGUUAUGUUUGUAGUAAAUCAUUUAGUAGGAAAACUAUUCUACGGAAUCACACGAGAAUCCAUACCAGUGAGAAACCGUAUAAAUGCGAUGUUUGUAGUAAAUCAUUUUUUACAGAAUCUCGGCUCCAAACACACACGACAGUUCAUAUGGGAGAGAAGCCUUAUAAAUGUGAUGUUUGUAGUAAGUCAUUUGGUAGGAAAUUUAAUCUGCAGAUGCAUAUGAGAAUCCAUACAGAAGAAAACGGAAAUAUACAGAGUUGUGGUCUACAGAGUCACAUGACAAUUCAUACUGAAGGAAAUAUACAGAGUUGUGGUCUACAGAGUCACAUGACAAUCUAUAACGGAGAAAAACUUUUUAAAUGCGAUGUUUGUAGUAAAUCAUACUUUGCAGAAUGUAAUCUCCAAACACACAUGAGAAUUCAUUCCAGAGACAAGUUUUAUUCGUUGUAAAUCAUUUUCUCAGACAUAAAAAAUACACAUGAUAAAUCUUUCUGGUGAACAAAGACACGUGUUAAAGAUACAUUAUGGGAGAUUAGAUAAAGAGCUGGCAGUUCUCACUAUAAUAAUUAAAAACUAGAUAAUGUAAAGGAAAUUUGCUAAAAAUUUCAGUCAACCGAGAUUUUAGUGAUUGAAUUUUCGGCCUAGUCUCGAUCAUCAUUACUAAAGUCAGUACAAUAAAAAACAUAG